GAGGAGACAGGGGGAGUAGCGGCUCUCGGAAAGCCGCGCAGACAGUCCAGCUCUGCUGUGGAGAGGAGGAUGACAGCGGCGCAGGGAGAGGAAACUAAAAGAGGCGGAAAAGAAGAUAGAACAUGAGGGAAAAACUCAAGCCACGUGCCUGUUUCUCACCGUUAAGCGGCAAUGUCAUGUCUGUGCAGGGGAGCGCACGAGGACAGGAAAUCCAGAAUGGCUUCAGGGAUUAACCUCUACUCUCGGUAGAAACACGGAGAACUUCACGUCCAUGUGUGCAGCAUCUCACAGCCUGGGAAAUUCCAUAAUGUAAACGCGUCUUGGUCUCUUGAUUUUUUUAAUAAACCUCUCUGCUUCGAGCCAUGAACCUUAGAGGAGCUACCAGGACCACCGUUUCCUUUGUUUGGAUUUAGAUUCCCUCUUUUGCCUGGACUACUUCACGAGCCCGCAGCGGUGGCUAGUAGUGGUGGCGGCGGCUGCAGCGGCGGCAGUGGUGGCGGUGGCGGAGGAGGACCUCGCUCCUUUGGAAUAAUACGGGGAUAACUUUACAAAAGCACACAUCGCCAUGAGGAUAUCCACCACCUCCUGUAUUUGUCCCUUUCUGGUCUGCCUCUGCUUCAUCCAGAGGUGCUAUGGUGCGAGCCACCAUGUUCCCGCUAAAGUGCUCUCCAAGAACCAGACCAAAUUGGCUAAUGGUGAGACAGAGGUGCACCACAGACCUAAACGUGGCUGGAUCUGGAAUCAGUUCUUUGUUUUAGAAGAACACAUGGGACCAGAUGCGCAGUAUGUGGGAAAGCUUCACUCCAAUUCCGAUAAAGGCGACGGAUCCGUCCGGUACAUUCUGAGCGGCGAAGGAGCCGGGACGAUAUUUAUCAUCGACGAAGUGACGGGAGAUAUUCAUGCCACCAAGAGCCUGGAUCGGGAGCGGAAAGGGCAUUAUGUUCUGCACGCGCAGGCCUUGGACCGCCACACAGAGGAGGCCCUGGAACCAAAGUCGGAAUUCAUCAUCAAAGUGCAGGACAUCAAUGACAAUGCGCCCAAAUUUCCAGGCGGACCCUUUGUAGCGGCGGUGCCGGAGUUGUCUGAAGUCGGCACGUCGGUGUUGCAAGUGACUGCGACUGACGCCGACGACCCCACCUACGGAAACAGCGCCAGAAUAGUCUACAGUAUUCUACAAGGACAGCCAUAUUUCUCCGUUGACCCCAAAACAGGAAUCAUCAGGACUGCCUUAUCAAAUAUGGACCGGGAAGCCAGAGAACACUACACGGUUGUUAUUCAAGCCAAAGACAUGGCAGGCCAGGUCGGAGGCCUCUCAGGCUCCACCACCAUCAACAUCACUCUGACCGACGUCAACGACAACCCGCCCAAGUUCCCCCAAAAAAAUUACCAGCUCUACGUCCCCGAAUCAGCUCAAGUAGGCAAACCAGUGGGGAAGAUCAAAGCCAAUGACGAGGACCUCGGCGUCAACGCGGACAUCAAGUACAGCAUCAUCAACUCGGAGGGCACCAACAUGUUCUCCAUAUCCACGGACAGGGACACCAGAGAGGGAAUCAUCAGCCUCAAAAAGCCUCUAAACUAUGAGAGAAAGAAGACCUACACUCUCCAUAUUGAGGGGAUGAACACACACGUGGAUCCUCGUUAUUCCUACCUGGGCUCUUUCAAAGAUUCCACCACCCUUAAAAUAACCGUCGGCGACGUGGACGAAGCCCCCGUCUUUUCUAUGGAUUACUACAUCAUGGACGUGUACGAGAACUCGCCGAGUGGCACCGAGGUGGGAACUCUGACGGCUCGAGAUCCAGACAGCAGGAACAGCCCCGUCAGGUAUUUCAUGGACAGCAAAGAUGAAGGAACGAGGUACUUCAGAAUUGACGAGAGCACCGGCGUCGUGCGGACCACGCAGCCUCUGGACAGGGAAAACAUGCCGUGGCAUAACAUCACUGUGAUGGCCUCGGAGGUUGACAACCCCAGCCUCUUCAGUCACGUUCCCGUCACCGUCCAGGUCCUGGACGUGAACGACAAUCCGCCAGAAAUAGCUACGGACGAGGAGGUCAUUGUGUGCGAGAGCUCAAGGCCGGGACAGGUGAUCCAGACCGUCACAGCUGUGGAUAAGGACGACUUUGCCAACGGACAGCGGUUCUCCUUUGCGUUGCCGAGCCAACUCCCGGUUAAUCCCAACUUCACCCUGAAGGACAAUGGAGACAGCACAGCCAGCAUCAUCGGGAGGCGGAGACGUUUCAACCACCUGACCCAGGAGCUGUACGAGCUGCCGAUCGUGGUGUGGGACGGCGGGGAGCCGUCGCUGAGCGGCACGAGCACCCUGACGCUGCGGGUGUGCCCGUGUCAGCGCCACGGCAGGAUCCGGAUGUGCCAAGGCGAGGCGUUCCUCUCCUCGGCGGGACUCAGCACCGGGGCUUUGAUCGCCAUCCUGCUGUGUAUCGUCAUCCUGCUGGCCAUCGUGGUUCUCUUCAUCACACUGAGGCGCAGCAAGAAAGAGCCCCUCAUCAUCUCCGAGGAGGACAUCAGAGAGAACGUGGUCACCUACGACGACGAGGGCGGCGGCGAGGAGGACACAGAGGCCUUCGACAUCAUAGCUCUCCGCAACCCGGCCGCCGCAGAGGAGCUCAAGUUCCGGCGGGAUGUUCGCCCGGAGGCGAGGCAACACUGCACGCAGCAGCCGCCGCCACCGCCGCCGCGCAGCCACCGGAGUCCGUCAGUGGAGCUCGACGAAGCGGAAGUGCACGAGUUCAUCAAGCAGAGAUUGGUUGAGGCCGACGUGGACACCAGCGUGCCGCCGUAUGACUCGCUCCAGACCUACGCGUACGAGGGUCAGGGUUCACCCACGGGAUCCAUCAGUCCUUUAGACUCUGGUACGCAAUCGGAGCAGGAUUAUAACUACCUGGACGACUGGGGGCCCGAGUUCCAGAAACUGGCAGAACUCUACGGAGAGGCAGAGUCAGAAGUGACCGCCUAGAUCGCGGCGAUUUCACUCCCGUUUCAAACCAAAUCUGUUUUUCAAUUUUUCCAGUCAACAAUAUAAAAAAACAAAAACAGAUGCUUUCAAAAAAAUUGGUCUGGUGGUUUGCAACGUCAACUGUUGAACUAAAAAGACCGCUCGCUCAGUUUUUUUUUUUUCCCCCCUCCCCUUUUUCAAUCUGUCGCUUUGGAUUAUGGGACGUUCAACUGGAAGUAUUGAAUCAGAUUUGGAGAUGGGCCAACAACAAUAUGGGGGAAAAGGAAAAAAAAAGAGAUUUUCCUUGGUGUAUAUUUUUUAUUGCUUAAUAAAGUCCUAAAAUCCA